UUUGCUAAUAACAUUUAAAAGUGCUUCAGCCUCAGUGUUGUCCAUUGGUUUAGCUCCCUCUAAGGGCUAAGAAUAGAAAGUUUGAGUUUGAAGCGAGGCUGUGGCGCUCUUGUUGGCCGAGCAGAGGAGGGGGAGGAGAGGGAGGAAAGGUUUUUGCGAGUGAGGACUACGCAGCUUGGACAUUUCCAGGCUGGGAAAUCCAGCAGCGAGUGUGCAGGACCAGGCGCUCGCUCCCAGGAGGUGAUGAUACCGCGGCCCGUUAAGAGGUGACCCUGCGGAGAUGCCGAGACAAAGCCAGUCUAAGAAAGGAGCCGUGGACUGACUUUGAUUCCUCACUCAAGUCAUGGCAUCAGAGGCCAUGGAGGACUGUGUACAGGGGGCGCUCUCAUCCCUUUACCCACCCUUCGAAAGCACUGCGCCUCCUCUCCUCUCGCAGGUGUUCACCGUACUGGAGUCCACCUACCAGCAGGACAGCCUCCGCUACCUCCUGGACUACUUUGUUCCCGCCAAGCACCUCCUUCACAAGCUCCAGCAGCACGCCUGUUCUCAGUACCUGGGCUGCCUCUUCCUCCACUCUGGCUGGCCGCUGUGCCUCGGCAACAAAGUGGUGGUCCAGCUCUCCACCCUGGACUGGAGGCUCCUGCGUUGCAAUGACUUCUACCUGCAGGUGGUACCCUUCUCGACACGCUGUCCCCGGCUGGCGCUCAAGUGUCUGGCCCCCGGGGGGCGCACCGUUCAGGAAAUUCUGGUGCCCGAGUCCCAGCAUCCUCUUGUGUUCACGAGUGAGUGGCUGCACAGCAUCAACAAAGAACGGGGCCACAGGAGGGAAGCAGGCGGUGGUCUCGACACCUGCUUGGUGAGCACGUGUGACGGUGUCCUGCGCCUUCCCUGGAAGGAGGUCGUCUACCCCGAAUUUAUCCACGACCCGUCUGAGGGACCUGGCUCGACCUCCAACCCCGAGGCCUACAUGACCAAGGGUGGUCUGCCCGAGGGGUGGAGCAAAGACUCCAGGGGCUGGGCCGAGGAGGAGGAGGAAGAUGACGACUUGCUGCUGGACGGCGUGGCCUCGGAGCCUGCGCUUCCCCGGCGGAGGCGCAGCGAAGACGGUCUCGGCCGGGCUGUGAGACGUCCUGGGCUCGGGGGAGAUUAUGUGGAGCUGUUGGAGCCAAGAGGAGGACCGGACGGAGGUGUUGACCCGAGACACCGGUACCUGGAGAUGCACGGCGUAUGCAAAACCAAGACUUUGCCUCUUUGUAAGAGGGGUAAGGCCAUCAAACUGCAGAGGGGAAAGCUAGCGGGAUGUGGCCGAAUGGACGGCUUUGUUAGCUCUGGUGGGAUCUCCGGAACCCAAGCAAAUUUGACCGCCCCCGAGGAGCCGGUGCUAGGGCUUUGGCCUCCUCCAGGAGUCACCCAAUCUUUGUCGUCUUCGGCCCAGGGCAACGAUGAUGACGGUGAUAUAACCGAGCGAAACGCCGAGAGCCAGGGAAGCGACCCAUUUCAAGAAAGGCGGCCUGGUGUUGGGGGAGAGGGGGAGAUGAACAGGGUGACGCAGCAAAGAAGAGAAGACACUCGGAGCACUCGGCUCCCCAUUGAGGUCCCCGACACUGUCGGGCAUGUUGUCGAGGGCUGCUCCGAUCAGGAGUCCCAUUCAGAGUCUGUUUUCGAGAAUACGGACAAACCACUGAGUGACCACAGUGAUGCUACAACACCAACAUGGGAUGCGCCAGACAAAACUUUUGCUGCCGUGGCUAGCAAUAACGUGACAGAUAGCAAUAGUGCGAUGGAUCGCAAUAGCGCGAAGGAUCACAAUAGCGUGACAGCCAACCAAACGAGGGAUGGUGGUAAAAAGAAGACUCAAGAGAUCCUGCGAGAAAAGGAAAUCAAAGCUUCUGGAUUCAGAGCUCCAAGGAGGAAGAGGAGGGGGAGGGGCGCCAAAGGGAGGGCUCGCUCUGGCGGUGGUGCUUCCCGCGGGAGCUCCAAACCGCAGUGGAAAGCUCCUCCUCAUCUGGGCUCCACUUCCUGCUCUGGCUCGACACAACGGCCAAUCGCAGAGGAGCGCUGGUCGGAAGCAUCGUCCGAUGGGGAGUGCCCGUCCGAGAACGGUACAACCAGCAGCGCAGAGGCAGAACCUUUGCCCAUCUGCAACGGCCAAUCAGCCGCCUUCAUCCCCUUCAAUGAGGAGGCGCAGUCAGGCCAUUCGUGUAAAGAGGCUCCUUUGCUCCGGGAAUUGGACGCAGAGCUCCUCCGGUCGGGGCAGCUGAGGAUGACUGGGACGGUGGACAGAUUGGGAUGCGCUCUGGUCGUGGCACAGGCGGGAGAUUCCGGCAGCGGCGAGGAGAUGUCUCGCAUCCUGGCCUGCUACCACAGGAUCACACGGCCUGCGACCAAAGAAAAAGGUCUGACGGUGUUGAUCGACAGCAGAUGCUCGCCGCCGUCCUCGCGCUGCCUCUCCGCACUCAGGUUAUUCCAGCGGCUGGUUCCUGGCGGUCUCGCAGCAGUGUUGGUUUUGGUGGAGGAACAGCAGCCUUCUUGUGACCUGGAGGGAACAGAGGUCCACGUGGUGCGAGGAACAGCGGUCCUUGAGCAGUUUGUAGACAGGCAACAGCUGCCCACAGAGAUGGGAGGCGACUUCAGCCACUGCCACUCAGACUGGCUCUCCUUCAGGAUGAGCUUAGAGAGCCUGACCGAGCGCUGCGACAGCGCCCUCCUUUUGCUGGGAGAAGCGAUGCAGUCGAUGGACGGCGAGCAGACUGUCGACAACAUCAAGGAGGUUCCGGCGAGCGCGGACAAGCAUCGGCGCCUCAUGGCCGGCGUCCUCGCCGACUGCCGCUUGACUGAGCUCCAGCGAGGGGGCGGGGCCUGGCUGGCGGGAUUGACCAACAGCGCGUGCGGGUUGGCGCGGACGUCUCACGAUUGCAGGGCUGCGCUCGCCGCUGCCGCCAGACUUUAUGACAGUGUGGACGACGCCCUCCAUUGCCUGGUACGAGUGUCCAACCGGAGGGCUCGCGACCUGGACGCGCUGAGCGGACUGGCCGGCCUGGUGGACGAGCUGGAAAAGUGUGACGAGGAGAUGGAGCGAGUACAGUUGCAGACGGACGCCUACAAGGACCCGCCUCUCUCGCUGAGCAGGCUGUCGCUCCAGCAGCAGAAGUUCAAAACGCUGCGAGAAACGGCAAAUGAGCUUCACAGCCGGACUCUCUCUGUGCUCACCGACCUGGAGACUUGGAGCGAGUUGGACUGGGCGGGCCUGAACGACAUCCAGGUCCGACUGCCUCCGGUCAGGGAACGUCUGCGGGACAUGGCCCACUCUCUGUCCGACCGCUGGGCCGCCCUGGACAACACGCGGCGGCUGCUGUCCACUCUGACCGAGGCCUCCCAGUGGUGCGACGAAGUGUCCUCCGCCUCCCCGUCCGCCUCCUCCCCCGUCUGCCCCCUAGCUUCCCUCCCCCCCAUUCCGCCAUCCCGUUUCCAGGACGCCCGCUCGUUGGCUGUGGACUUGGGUGGCGGAGCGCUGCUGGAUCUCUGGAGCCGCACGGUGGAGCGUUACCAGCAGACGGUAGCGCAGGUGAAGCCGCGCUUCCUUCAGUCCGAGCGAGCCCAAAACCAAGGACAGGGAAAGGCCAAGACGCCCGUCGCCGGUAACCUAUGGGACGCGGAGGCAGAGGGCGACUGGGGCCCGGGGGCCGCAGGAGGCGAGGGGGGGCUGCAGUCCUGGGGGUCUCUGGCCUCGCUGUUCAGACCGCAGAUCUGCUCCACGCUGAAGAUAGAUGAGCGGGGGGGCAAAAAAGAGGGGGCAGUGGGCGGAGGGAAGUUUCUGCAGAACCUUUUGAAGAAGAGUCCCACAGAGGCACCCCUCCCGCCCAAGCCCCCCAGGAAGAGACACCCCAGUUUUGACCUGCAGGCCCUCUUGGCCCCUCGCAGAGGUGCCGGCACCCCCAAACCCACCGAGUGCCGUACCUCCCCCAAAUCCUGGCUGGGCCGCCGGGCCCUCGCGGACCCCGCGGUCACCACCGCCGUGGCCGCCGCCAUCCGAGGAGGAGGAGGGGUCUUGAUCAGGGGCGUGGAGGUCAGCAGCAAGGAGGUGGUGGACCACACCGGGUCUCCGCGGCAACAUGUGCUGCGGGGCAGGAGCGAGAGGGAAAUGGGGACGGAACGGGCCGGAUCUACGGCGCAGAGCAAAUCCUACCUGCUCUGGUGCAGGAUGCUGAGCAGCGAGCGGCAGUAUGUGUCCGUUCUCAAGGGGGCGCAGGAGACCUAUCUCCCCCUGCUGCAGCUCCUGGACACGCCGGCUUCCCUGCGGGGGAAGGCGGACACCCUGUUCCCCUGCUGGGCGGCCCUGAGUGCCUUCCACUCGCAGGAACUUCUGCCCGCCAUGGAGGACGCGCUGAUGCAAAGCUUGCUGCAGCAGGACUGCUUCAGUAAAUAUCGGGACCACUUCCUGCACUAUUCCAAUUACAUCCGGACCAAACCGGAACUGGAUUCGCCGCUGGUCACGCAAGCUGCGGACUUCUUUAAAUCCAAACUCCCCGCGACCGCCGCCUCCCCCUUCUCGCCUCUGUGCUUCCCUCAGUGCCUGCAGGCGCCCCCCGAGAGGCUGGAGCAGUACUGCGAGGCCCUGGAGGAGCUGGGCGGUAUCAACCCAACCUCUGACUCCACCCUCUGCGUCCUGAGACACGCCCAGCAACACGGCGAGGACCUGAGGGCCAGCGACCUCAUCGUCGGCUGUCCGAUUCCUGUGGCGCGGCGCGGCGAGCUGGUGCGUCAGGGCGAGCUGACGGUGUGCGGCGGCGGCACCCGGCGGAAGCGUGUGGGUGUGAGGAGGGUCUUCCUCUACCAACACGCCAUCAUCUUCACCAAACACAAGAGCGGAGGAGGCAGCGGUGGCGCUGGACCGGGAUGCUCGGCCUACAACUACAAACACAGCAUGAAGACGGCCGACAUGGGCCUGACGCAGAGCGUGGGCGAGGAUGGCGUCAAAUUCGAGGUUUGGGUGCGACAGGCUCCUCGCCUCAGAGACUGCGUCACGCUGCAGGCUCAGGACGGAGAGCAGCGCAAGGCAUGGACUCGGGACGUCGCCCACCUGCUGUGGACGCACGCCAUCAACAGCACAGAGUUGUGUCUGAAGGAGUCGCUGUGCGUGGGCGUGUCCAGCAAGCUGCUGUUGGACGCCAGCGGAAGUCAACCGUUCGAGUCGGAGAGAGUGCACAGCAGCUGCUCUGACUCGUCGUCCGUUGGCAGCCACAAGGAAGGGGGGGGCUCGCCGGCGUCAGGGAGAGGCCCGAGGAGGAGCUCCACCAGCUGCUCUCAGGUGCGCAACGCACGCACACACAGCUCAGUGGUUCCCGACCGUUAUUGAGCCAAGGCACAUAUUUGGCAUGAGAAAAAUCACAUGGCACACCACCGAAUGAAAAUGGAGCAGAAACCGCUCUGCAUUGUGGGUUAUGGCAGACAUGUCGAAUGUAAACGAAGGCUUUGCCGUUGCUAUGAAGUCGUCGCGACGUUUAAAACACGGGAAAGGAAAAACUAGAUCACGAAGCCGGAGACCACAGCAGGCAGAAAUCCACAUUAGAAAUGCUUCGGAUCAGUCCUAAAACUCUAAUUCACAGUGGAGCAGCGACCCGUAGUAUCGGCUACAGCGGAUUUUUCCGUUGACCUUGUGUGUCGAGUGAGUGCCCACACUUCGGAGGAGUUCCAAAACGACAAGUGGUGGGGCUCUAAUGUGCAGUUACUUUGGCAACGUUAACGUGCUGAAGCCGACCAACAUGUCAUUCGGACGGAGGUACGUGGAGCUAAUGCAAGUUGCGUGUGUUUGCUUUUUUAACCAUCCUUACCCAUCAUAUAUAUAUAUAUAUAUAUAUAUAUAUAUAUAUAUAUAUAUGUGUGUAUAUAUAUGUGUAUAUAUAUAUAUAUAUAUUAUUGGUAUUAACGUUGACAGAUGAUAUUCAUUAACGCAGGUAAACUGCAAGAAUGAGCUCGUUUCAAUUUCCUCCCAGACUUACUUUCCCAGGGUGUGAAAUGUGACUUUGCUAUUGUUAUUCUGUUGUAUGCUGUAAAUGGCAAUAAAUGGACCUUCUGCCAUCGAGCGGAAGAGCAUUUCACUCUUCUGCCUGUCACAAUAUGUCACUAGUAUAGAUUUAUCUUGUGACAAAUAAAUCAUCAUUUUUCAAGCAACGAGGUGAAAUUGGAUAAUUGUCAGAGUGGUUGGGAUUGGUGUUCACUGUGCACAUUCAUACUGCGUGCGCACGUGUGCGUGUCCUCCCCAGGGUCAGUCGCCCUCAACUGCCGUGUAGCCGUCACGGUGCGCCCAGUAAGCGACGCGUCUUCGUCCGCGUGGAAGCCGAACAGCAAAUGCUGGCUGACGGCUUUCAUUCCGUCAGAAAGCGAACACCUCCGCGUGGGCGGGCCGUUCGAUCUGCAGCAGCGGACGAAGCCGGCGAAAAGGAAGAGCCGGACGCCAUCUCGGAUAUGCCAGUCGCCGAGGGUUCCGGAGUUGGUGACGGCAACAAAGCGGGCGUUGUGUGCCAACGAAGCGACCGCCUACGUCACGUGACCCGGGCAUCGGAAGUGGCGCGUGAGACUUUGCAGGUGUCGUGGCUUUGUUUUUUUAUAUCACCCACAAGAGGCAUCUUCAUCCUCAUCAUCAUCAUGGAUCUUUUUCUCUUUGGGGAUGCCUCACCCUUGUACCACAUGCUUCGACACUUUUCUUGGACAUUAAAACUGGAUGUAAGCUAA